GCCACGUGGCUCCGAUCACUAUCUAAAUAGAGUCCUAGUACUUUUAUUUUCCACUUCAUGGCCAAUCAGAGCAAGACCAUUUGGCUUCUAUCCUCAAAUGGCCAUAAACUGCAGUGUCAUGUGAACACGGAUGAACCUUUGGCCGCACUUCUCAAGCAAAAAUAUGCCCAGGCACUUGGCGUUUCCUCUGAGUCUCUGAUUCUGGUCUUCGAUGGCGAGAAAAUCCGGGAGGAGGACACAUUCGACUCUUUGGCCAUGGAGGAUCAUGACAUAGUGGAUGUUUUAGAAGGAACCUAGUGCACGAAGACCAUGAAAGCAUAAUAAAGUUAAUAAAGGCAAUGAACUGCGAGAGGGUAGCAGGCGACAUAUGCUAGUCAUACACCGAAAGAAUUAUAUUUGGAUACAAAUUGUAAAAAUGUUUUAUUUAUAAAUAUGUCAUAUUUAUGUUGGAUAA